AUGUCUGCAGAGACUUUGACAACGAUUUCCCCGAUCACCAAUAAUCCUAUCAUCACCCGGCCAGGCGUCUCUACAGUUGAGCUUGCCUCGUUGCCACAAAGGGCGCAGGAUGCUUUCCGUUCCUUUUCACGGUCAACCUCCCUAGGCCAGCGCCAAGAAAUUGUCACCCGCGCUCUUGGACUUCUGGCAAAGAAGAAGGAUAUCCUAGCUCGUGAGGUGACGGAGCAGAUGGGUCGCCCCAUCGCAUAUACCGGCGGCGAGAUUACAACGGCGGUAAAACGAGGUGAAUACCUGAAUCGCAUUUCGUCUACUGUCCUGGGAGAUGGGGGGACGUUAGAUACGGAGGCGGAGGCCGGAUUUAAAAGAUAUAUUAAGAAAGAACCGGUUGGAGUCGUGUUAAUCAUCUUCCCAUGGAACUAUCCGUACUUAGUCCUUGUGAAUAGCCUAGUUCCCGCCCUCCUUGCUGGAAACUCUGUGAUUUUGAAACCCUCUCCGCAGACUCCAACCAUUGUGGAACAAAUCGCUUCCAUUUUCCAAGAAGCUGGCUUACCGCAGGAUGUUCUGCAAUACUUCCACUGUGGUUCUCCUAUCGACAUUGAGUCGAUUGUUCGAUCACCUCUCAUUAACCACAUCUGUUUCACAGGGUCUGUCGCAGGCGGUCUAGCUGUCCAGAAAGCAGCUGCAGACAGAAUUGUGAACGUUGGUUUGGAACUUGGUGGAAAUGAUCCGGCAUAUGUCCGCAGCGACGUCGAUGUCGCAUGGGCAGCGGAAGAGAUCGUUGAUGGAGCUAUUUUCAACAGCGGCCAGAGCUGCUGUGCGAUCGAAAGAGUAUACGUCCACGAAGCCGUCCACGAUACGUUUAUCCAGGAGGUAAAGAAAGUCCUAAGCAAAUAUCGUGUGGGCGAUCCAUUCGAUGAGAAGACACAGAUCGGCCCGGUAAUCUCGAAACGGGCAAAGGAGACCAUUUUAGCCCAGAUUGAGGAUGCCCUCAAAAAGGGCGCAGUAGAUGAAACGCCUUGGAACCCGACUUUCGAAAACCUCCCCACAGCUGGCAAUUUUGUUAAACCCACCCUUCUAACUGGUGUGAACCACAAAAUGCAAGUGAUGGCUGAAGAAACAUUCGGACCGGUCAUACCCGUCGCCAAAGUCAAGGACGAUGCUGAGGCGAUCUACUUAAUGAAUCAAAGCGAUCUGGGCCUGACAGCGAGCAUUUGGACGAAAGAUGUUGCUAGAGCUGAAGAGCUGAUCCAGGAAAUUGAAGCAGGAACUGUCUUCGUCAACAGAGCAGAUUAUCCAAGUCCUUUUCUCAUAUCCGUCUAUACUCGGAACAAUUUUACUGGAAUUUGCCAGCUAUGGUUCUAUCUUAAGCCUGUGGCGUGCUGA